AUGGAGAGCAAGAGCAAGACCCGGAAGGCGAGGCAAGCGGCGGCGACAGUGGCGAAUGGACUUCUGAUGCUCCCCAAGGAGGAGGUGGCAAUCGACCUUGUUACUGCGGAGCAGGACGGAGUGCAUGUUGUAUUUGUGGCGAAGCUCCCCAAGGAGGAGGUGGCCGUCGACCUGCACCUUGUUACCACAGAGCAGGAUGGAGUGCAUGUUGUAUUUGUGGCGAAGCUCCCCAAGGAGGAGGUGGCCGUCGACCUGAACCUCGUUACUGCAGAGUGGGAUGUGUUUUGUUACUUCAAAGUACUGAGUCCAUUGAUGCAAUGUGGUCAAAAUGUACCGUCGAUAUCUCAAAGCCAAAGAAAACGACUGCCCGCCCUUAACCGAACUCCAUCUACCAGAAAAAAGUCCCCACCUGGCCGCCUUCUUCCUCGGUUCCUCUCACUCCCCACGACCUUCUGCCGCCCCACCCCCACCACCACCACCUUCCUCCCGCCCCACCCCCGACCUCCACUGCCUUCUGCCGCCGGGGCCGCCAAGCGCCGUGCCGCCGUCCGACCCAGCCACCUCCAACACCUGGCGCAACCAGCGCCGCCGCUCAACCACCAGCAUCCGCGCGUGCCGCCGUCCACACCAACCUGCGCGCCGCCGCCGCUCUGUUCAUCACCACCCAAGGCGACCUGGCUACCUCCAACCGUCGCCGCCCUGCCGAAUCCGGUGAGAUCCGGCCGCUCGGGUGACCCGGCUACCUCCAACCGCCGCUGCCCUGCCGGAUCCGGCGAGAUCUGGCCGCCCCGCCAUGGCUCGCCCCCUACCCCGACGACCUCCUACUACGCGUGCAGCUCGUCCCCCGCGCGGCGUGCAGCUCUACUCUGCCUCGAUGGAACUGCGCCUCCACCUAGUGUUUGUUCAGUUUUGUUUCCACAUCAUGGCCACAAGUGCAGGUUCUCUCGGUUGCAGCUCGGUUGGGUCGUCGCUGAAGUAUGGAGGCACUUGAGAAGUUUAGAACCAUUAGCAACCAUAGAAUCUUCAGUUUUGCAGUAAAGUCUGUAGUGUAGUGCAGUUAACUACUGGGGAACAACACCGGCAAGGCGUGCAAAAAAAUAGGACGACAUGCAGCGACGUAGCCGUGCAGCUCGCUGGUCAUGGUGCGCGAUUCUGGCUGUGCCGACAAGCAGUACAUGGCCACGCCUGCGUCCUAGUGGUGUAGUCCAGUGUCCGCGGAACAUGCAGCUCGCUAGCUCAUUGCACGCGGUUCCGGCGGCGCGGGAAAGCAGUACAAGGCCGCGCGCGUGUCUGAGUGGUGCAGCUCGGUGCUCUUGUCCGUGCAGUUUGCUGUUGUAUUCGACAACAAUGGCAACAAAAGCUUGGUCCCCGGGAAGGCAUCAAACAGGGGCGUUCGACGGCGACCUGCUCCCGGCCGACUGCAAGGACAAUGGCCGUGUGGCCUCGCGGGUGCAGUUCGCUCCACUUCUCGAUGGGGUUCGCUAGCCCCGGUGCUGCAGUGCGCCUCGAGGUUUUCUUCUCCUUGGGUGCGUGAAGGUUUGUCCGUCGUGCGGGCGUGAACAUGCAGUUCACCGGGGACCUACAGAAGAAAGAAAAUCAUUUUAUUUAUUUUCACUUUUUUCUUGAAUGUGCGAGAAAAAAAUGUAAAGGUAUGUAAAAUUGAUACAGUCCGUUGGUGCACUCCUUGCGGCUCACGUGGCUCGUGUUUGAAGUUUUUUGUUGUAUUUUAUUUUUUGACCUGUUUUCUAAAAAGAGUUUGUUGAAAGCAUGAUGCAGUUUUCACUGUUAAAAAACCUUGGUGGUUUUCUUUGUAAAAAAUGGACCGUGUAGUCUAGAUGACUUGAAAAAAGUCAGAAAAUGAUGAAAAAAUGCGUGCAGAUAGUUUUUUA